GCCUUGGCAUCUAACAGAAAGGUGCUGAUGAACACGAAGCUAGAAACAUCUGAUCUCAGAUGGACCAGCUACCCCAGCAGUGACCCUGAGUGGGAGGAGAUGAGCGGUUUGGAUGAGGAGGGCAACAGCGUCCGCACCUUUCAGAUCUGUCCGAUGGACACGGCAGUGAGUCACUGGCUGCGCACGCGCUUCAUCCCGCGGCGCGGAGCGACUCAGGUGUAUGUGGAGAUCCGCUUCACCGUGAUGGAGUGUUCGGCCAUGCCUUCCAGCUUCCGCACCUGCAAAGAGACCUUCAACCUGUACUAUUACCAGAGCGACGAGGACAUAGCCAGCAGCACACACCCCGCCUGGAUGGAGAACCCCUACAGCAAGGUACACACACUAACACACAGAGAGAGACAUUUUAACAAUUUAUUUAAGUCCACUUAA